UCAUCCCAAUCCCACUCAAUCUUAUUUUUCUAGCGAUGUAUUGCUACCUUUCAAUUGCAUAGCUAUGGACUGACAACUGCUGUUAGCGGCAGUCUCUGUUUUGCUUUGGUGGGUGGCAGUUUCAUUUUUAGAAUUUCUGUUAGGGAUUUAUCAUUGUUGUUAUCCCAGUGAGUUUACAUAAGCUAGGAUUUUUUUUAGAUAAAGUCUAUCUUGGAACUUUUGUUAUGUUUGUAGAUUCACAGUUGAGAUCAGGGCCAUUAGAUUGGCGUAAGGAAUAUACAAUCUAGACUUGGAUGUCCGUAUUAAUAUGAUUUUAUAGGACAUGCCAAGAAUUUCUGCAAAUACAAAACCUGGCAUGUGUUCAUGUUUACUUUAAUCUCUGGUGUAGACGACUAUGAUACAAACAACACAGAUAAUUGCUUGAUGUGCUGUUCCAAUUAUUUUGUCAUGGGCACAAUCAUGAGAUCUGAAGUUUUGAACUACCGUCAGAUCAAUGGAAAUGACCAAAAACAGUUAUUUCCAUUGCUAGUUGGGAACUUCUCCGUAACAAUUACCGUCAAAUUACUCUAAAUUUAUGGGCAGAAUGGACAGACUAGGAGCAAAUUUGCACUAUAAAAGGACCUGGUGUGGAUGCUAAGGUUGGCACCAAUGGGAUGUGGUUCCGCAUCCUCAGCGACCACGCCACAGUCGCCGCUGUGCUCCAUCAGAGGGAGAGCAACAGAGCCAAUCAUCGACCCUUAUGGCCCCUCCAUUAUUGAUGGAGCCUUGGAGGCAAUCAUUGUCAGCAAGGAGGCACUGCUAGGAGGGCAUGCUGUCAACAGGAAGAGGGCAGAGAGGCAUCACAGAUCACACACCUAGUGGUUUGCUUGAAAGAUCGCUAGCUAUUUAUUUUCUUUAGUUCACAAAAGUGUAUCCACUAUAAGAAAAUGUUGCAAGAUCGUUAAA